AUGGCCUUGCUACUCGUGAGUUUGCUGUUGGUGGCAGCGCAAGCGCAGCUCUCAUGUCCCAAUGUCAAUGGCAAUGGCAAUGGCAACGUCUGUGAGGAUAGCAGUUCCAUCAGCGACACCAGUGAUUUGAUGCAACGGGUCCAACCAGUUCCACCAGCGGUGAAACUCAGGGCCGGUGCACGAGCUGGGAAGCUGGUUCUGGUCGGCUCCGGCAUCAAAGGUGUUGGUCACUUCACACUGGAGGGCCUGGGUCAUGUUGAGGCGGCGGAUAUUGUCUACUAUGCCGUGGCUGAUCCAACAACAGAGCUGUUCAUUCAGGAACAUGCCAAGAAGUCAAUCGAUCUCUACAACCUCUAUGGAAAUGGCAAGCCUCGCCGCGACACUUAUACCCAGAUGGCGGAGAAGUUGUUGGAAAGUCUUCGUGAUGGAAAGUAUGUUGUUGGAGUAUUCUAUGGCCACCCCGGCAUUUUUGUGAGCCCAGCACAUCGUGCUUUACAGAUUGCAUGGCUGGAAGGCUUUGAUGCACAGAUGCUCCCGGGCGUCUCUGCGAUCGACUGCAUGUCGGCUGAUCUCAGUGUGGAUCCCUCCCGCCCCGGGCUGCAGAUCUUGGAGGCCACCGAUUUGCUGUUGCGGGAGAGAACGCUCUUCACCGAUGGUCACGUGGUUCUUUUCCAAGUGGGCAGUGUUGGUGACAUGGGAUUCAACUUCACUGGCUUCAAAGACACCAAGUUCCCCAUGCUGGUCAAGAAGCUUGAGGAGAUUUAUGGUGAGGAUCAUCAAUUAACGCAUUACAUCGCCCCGCAGUUCUCCAUUGUCGAUCCCAGGAUUGAUCGAUUCACCAUCCGUGAGCUUUGGGACCCAAAGGUCCAGAAGAAGAUCAACGGUAUCUCCACAUUUUACAUUCCGCCAAAAACCUUGAAAAAGGCGAACGCUGUCAUAGCCGCCCAGUUGGGCCUGCGGCUGACCUCAAAGGAAUCCAAACCUUUGGCAGGACCUUUCCACCAGGGCAGUCCUUACAGCACCAGGGACCUCAAGGCUAUUGAAGACUUAAAGACUCACAAGUUACCUCAGGGCUAUAAAGCGACCAAAGCAAGCAAGGCGGCAUAUGAGUUGUUGCGUGACUUGGCCCUGAAGCCUCACAUGCUGCACGCUUUCCGGAGGAAUCCGGUGUCCUUUUUGAAAAGAAACGCCGUCAAGUUAACAGAAAAGGAAGAGAAAGCCAUACUCUCCAGACAUGCUGGGCGCCUCCGCAUGAUGAUGAAGGAUGACACGAAUGCUGCAGAAGAAUUUGUCCAAGCUGUCUACAGAAGUAUGUCUUUUGCCAAAGAAUGGGCAAAAGAAGUCACGUCCUAUAUCAAGACGACAGAUCCAACGUUGGCCAUGAAGCUCAUCAACUCCUGGCUGGAAAAACAGGGCUACGACACAACAUUUGAUCAGGUUCUUGAAGCUUUUACGAAGGCGAGAGACAGAUCUUUGAACGCGUACACUGGUUUGUACACCAUCUACUUCACUGAUGGCAGCCAAAUUUCAGGGCAGCCCUCUUCGCUUAUUGGCAGAGGCGUGGUGAAGUAUUUGAAUAAGACCAUCCAGCGUUGGAGCUUUGUUGAUAGUGUUCUCACCUGGAACAUGUCCUCUGGCAACGCGCAAUCUGCAAAGUUAACUUUCAUAAUAUUGACCAACAAGACGCUGAAAGCCUUGCCUGCCAAUGCCUAUGUCGGUCCUCAAUUCAGUGGUGCGAUUUCGUCCACAGCGCCUACCAUCGCAAGCCUUGCUGGAUACAAUGCUUAUGGUUGCGUGGGUUCAAACUCCAUAGCUCAUGGAGGCAAAAUCCACAAGCCGAUUCCGGCAAACACAGUGAAUGGGACACCUCUCUCUCAGUACAGUGAUACCUAUCAGGUCUUCCUCUUGAGUGCAGGACAGACCCCAAAGGAGACGUCCUUCGAACUGGUGGUGAACGCGGUUCCUGGAGCGCCAGAAGCUUCAGCAAAGAUCAGCUACGACAAGGCUCCCAUUUCGGGGUUUCGCUACAACAACAAUGUCUUGAGUUGGACUGCUCCAGGCAAUCUCAACAGUGCUUACCUGCUGUUUUACUACAAUGCUGGAACGCCCAAAGAUCAAACCAUCGGCAACCAGUGCAUCGGUUCUGUUUGGGACGCUGGCAGCCCUCGACCAAAGAAAAACAACGUCUAUUGCCAGCUUGGGAGCGGUACACCAACUACACCAAAUUCGAAUCUACCUGCUGCUCAGGUUUCGGGCGAGAUGAUCGGAAUAAACCUUGCGGUUGGUACAGGAAGCAUGCUGGUAGCAGAAGGCAUAAUGAAGCUUUUCAAAACGAUUUGGAAGGCAAUCAAGAGCGGCUGGUCACGUCCUGCCCAAGAAGAGGUUCAAGCUCAAGAAGAAGAAUCAGAGGAUGAUUUAGAGAGCUGGGAGGAUAUUCUUGAUCAAGGGACGGAGUUCGAUUUUGAAUCGGACUGCGAGGUUCUUCUUCUUUUUCAGGGAGAAGCUGCUGCAGCCGCAGCUGGUUGCACUUUGAAUGAGCUCUUCAACUAUGCCGAGGAGAGCUAUGACGACAUCAAUGGUGGAGCCUCCACUCAGACGACGGAGACUGAGACCGAGACUGAGACAUCCGAAUCCGAGUCCGAAUCGGAAGCCGAGACAGAGACAGAGACAGAGACAUCAGAAUCAGAAUCAGAGGUAGAAGCUGAGUCUGACGUAGAUGUCGAUGUGGAGAUCAUAGCUGAUGAAGAAUCCAGACCAAGCAGGCAACAGAGACUGAGAUGGUUGGCUUGGAGGAGGCUCAGGAGGAGGCUCAAGAGCAGGAAAUCUCGACAGUGAUUGCAUAGGCUUUAUUGCUGGACAUGUCAUAAGUGCAUGUGACAAGGUUUUAAUUCUGGCAGGUUCCAUCAGCCAGAAACUGUUCCGCAGCAAGCCGAAGAUCUUGAC